AUGCCUGGCCGAUCCUUAUUAGAUGUUAUAGUUUAUGAGGCCGACGUUCUGCUCAUGGGCCGAUGUCGGCCAGACGUACGUGUGCUGUCUGGGAUGAUUCAUAAUGCUUCCUCUGUCGGAAUCUUUGAUGUGUGCAGAGAAGUGCCAAUCAUUCAAGAUGAGCAGAAGCAAAGGAAAAGAAUGCAGUGUUUUAAAUGGUUCUCGUCUGCCAUUGUUGGCCUACUUGUCUUCAUCUUUGUGCUGCUCAGUAAAACAUCAUUUCUGCUUUUGAUAACAUUUGGGAACAAUCAAACUGAGAUUGUGUGUUCAGAACAAAAACCGACUGUCCUAAUUUGCAUUGGCUUCAUUCUGGUUGGGCCGAGUGUUCUCCUUCUGCUAAAGAGCACAUGGAAGUUCAUUUUCAAGAGUGCAACCAUGCCCUCGAGAAAAUCUCUUCUUUUGGUUCUGUGUGUUGAGUUCCUGGUAGCACUGGGUGCUGCAAUUCUUACAAUAGUAGCCAUGCCACACUUUGACAUUGUCACUAAUGUGAUGAUCCUAAACAGUGUGAGCAUCCUGUCCGCAGUGUUCCAGGUGGUCGCUCAGUGCCUUGCCAAAGAGGGGAAGCGUUUUAUAAUGCUCCCUGCAUGCUCCAUUUUCUUAAUCAUCACAGGUUUUGUGCUCUUUGCGAUCAGUUAUUUGGUAUUCGAAAGUUCCUUGGAGAUAAAAAUAUCAAUUGGCCUUGCCAUUGUGGGGGCCAUCUGUGUUUCUGUGAACUGGUGGGAGAACUACAGCACGCUUUUCGCUGGGUCAUUUCUAGAGGACAUUUCCAGAGACAUCGCUCAGUCCCGUAAUGUGGUCUGCAUCAUUUCCAGUUUGAUAAGAAUCCUGGUUACAUCAGCUGUGGUUGCAGCUUAUGUUCCUCUGUCAGGUCAGGAAUGGAAAUCAGUCAAACUUGUCUUUGAAACAGUUGUUGUUUUAUUGGUGGCAAUCCAGCUUACAUCCUCUGCCUUGUGCCGCUGGUUUGCAGUUGUGGCAUGUAAGAUGCAUGCCCUGCGCCGCUGCUUCAUCCUGCCCAUGUACAUGGCCUCGAUCACCGUUUUGGCUGUAUUUUUGGUUCCAGUUAUGGUCAGGCUUCCAGAGUCUAAUCAAAACUUUACCUGUCUUGAGAACUUUCAGCCAGAAUCCAGUGAUGAAUGGUUGCGUUUGAUGUUGAAUGAUGCUAUAAAAACUCUGAAUGCCAGGGACAUUGUGGUGCACAUGAAGAUAGGAGGACUGGCCUGUUUGGGCUGCUCUGCUCUGAGCUGGUGGUUGGGACUCGUGCUCAGUACAGUUUACAUCUGGUACCUGAAGAUCCAUCGAAUAGAAAGAACACAAGAUCUGUUUGUGCGACGCACAUAUGAAGGAGCGUUUAUGGAACAGUCCAUGUUGCUGAACACCCGUUUUGAAAUCAGAAAGAAAAUCAAGAAUCUGAGGUAA